AUGGACAGUAGGUGGAUGUUAAUUUCUGACAGAUUCAGUCAACCAUAUGUAGAUGGGGUGAACUCAUUUGUUGAAUUUGCAAAGGUUUAUUUGGGUGAGGGUAGGGAGAUUAAGUGUCCAUGCAUCAAUUAUUGUAACUUUUAUAAGCAGGAGUAUGAUACCAUGAAGGUUCAUUUGCUCAUAAGUGGGAUGAUAGUACCAUACACCACUUGGUUGCAAAACCUCAGAUACUCUGUUAGCAUUCGUUAUUCAGAUGCUACAUGUGAAGAUAUGGACAGUAGGUGGAUGUUAAUUUCUGACAGAUUCAGUCAACCAUAUGUAGAUGGGGUGAACUCAUUUGUUGAAUUUGCAAAGGUUUAUUUGGGUGAGGGUAGGGAGAUUAAGUGUCCAUGCAUCAAUUAUUGUAACUUUUAUAAGCAGGAGUAUGAUACCAUGAAGGUUCAUUUGCUCAUAAGUGGGAUGAUAGUACCAUACACCACUUGGUUAGAACACGGUUGCAAAACCUCAGAUACUCUGUUAGCAUUCGUUAUUCAGAUGCUACAUGUGAAGGUAGAAAAUAGGUGGAGCAAUAAGUCUUUUGACAAGGUUUUGGGGAUACAAAGGCGAUUCCUACCAGAGGGCCAUGUGGUGCCAAGGUCAAUUUAUGAGUGCAAGAAGUUACUACGUGACUUGGGCUUGGGAUACGAGCUCAUCGAUGCAUGUAAACAUGAUUGUGUACUAUUCUGGAAGAAGAAUGCUCGCUUGGAAAAAUGUCCCACAUGUCAAGCUUCUAGGUACAGAGUAAAUAAUAGCAAGGGUAAGAAGAUCCCUCACAAGAUAUUGCGUUACUUUCCAUUGACACCUAGGUUGAGAACAUUAUACAUAUCUAGGAAGAUGGCUAAAGACAUGAGAUGGCAUAGUGAUAAACGUGUUGACGAUGGUGUAGGGAGGCAUCCAGCUGAUUGUAAGGAGUGGAAGGAAUUUGAUUUGCAUUGUCUAGAGUUUGCCUAUGAGACUCACAAUGUUAGGUUGGGCCUAGCCACCGAUGGGUUCAAGCCUUUUGGGAACAUGAGCACUUCCUAUAGCAUGUGGCCUGUCAUACUCAUGCCUUAUAACCUACCACCUUGGAGAUGUAUGAAGGCCCCAUUUUUCAUGAUGUCCUUACUUAUUCCUGGACGUAAUCAACUAGGGACUAAUAUUGAUGUCUACCUAAGGCCAUUGAUUGAUGAGUUGAACAAGUUGUGGGAGAAUGGCACGAUGACUUACGAUGCCUCCACUAAACAGACUUUCCAAAUGCAUGCAGCUGUAAUAUGGACCAUAAAUGACUUCCCUGGAUACGAUGCCUUAUCUGGAUGGAGAACUAAAGGUUAUUUGGCUUGCCCUCCUUGUAAUGAUAAUCCAUUAUCACAUGGGUUGAUUAGUAAGAUAGGGUGGGUGGGUUAUCGAGCUUACUUGUCUGAUAACCACCGUCGAAGGAAGGACAAGAAGUCUGAUGGUUUAAUUGAGCUUAGGAAGAAAUCCUUGGAUUUAUCAGUGGAAAAAGUAAUGGCUCAAUUGGAUCAAUUGCGUGAAGUCAAGUUUGGAAAGGAUCCUACUAACAAGAAAAGACCACGAGAGUCUGAAGAAUUGAAUUGGACAAAGAAAAGCAUAAUGUGA